UGCGAGUGGGACGGGAGCAGGAGCAAUAAACACUGGCGUGGGCGCGGGCGGGCGAGUGGGAGUAGGAGUCGGAGUAGCGCCGUGUCGUGUCGUGUGUGGUGUCUUCCACUCACUCCCGCCCCCGCCGGACCCCUGCCUGCCGCCCUCGCCGCGCGGGAACGCAGAUGCGGCGGCCCUGACCCCUGAGCGAGGGCCGAUCGGGAUGAAGUGGGGAGGAGGAGGAGUCGCCUUCGCGUUGCUCGCGGCGGUGGUCGGCGUCGCGGCCGCCGCGGAGGGGGACUCGCUCGCCGGCCUCGCCGCGGGCAUGGACGGCGCCGCGCCAGAGGUGAAGGAAUUGGGGCCAUGGGCGAAGGGGCUGCUGAACGGGAUGCCGGAUGGGGCAGCAGGGCCGGCGGCCAUGGGGCCCGUCGCCAAGUACCCGCUGGUACUGGCCGAGGACAGGACGCGGCGGCCGGACGUUCUCCGCCAUCUCAGGAUGUAUGGAGGUGGUUGGAACAUCACCAACAAGCACUACUGGGCGUCUGUAUCAUUCACAGGAGUUGCUGGAUUUCUCCUUGCUGCCCUGUGGUUUAUUUCAUUUGGGAUUGCUGCAGCUUCAUUCUGCUUUUGUAAAUCAAGAGUGGGCAAAGCAAAGGUUUCUCAUGCAGAUGUAGCACGACCUGUGUUGCUUGUGGUUGCUGUGCUUGCUUUAUUAACUGGAUGCAUUGUCCUUCUCUAUGGGCAGAAUGAAUUCCGUGAAGAAGCUACCGAUACUUUGGAUUAUGUUGUCAACCAAUCUGAUUUCACUAUCCAGACACUGAGGAAUGUUACAGAUUACUUGUCAUUUGCGAUGACGAUCAAUGUGGCAGCACUGUAUCUUCCAUCAGAUGUGCAGGCUCAGAUUAACAAUUUGAAGGUGGACCUAAAUAAAGCAGCUGAUACCAUAUCUUUGAAGACAACAGAAAGCUACAAAAGGAUCAGAAAAGUUCUCCAUAAUGUGUCUGUUGCAUUGAUUUGCAUAGCUGUGUUAAUGCCUGUUCUUGCAUUCCUUGGAUAUGUUCUGGAGCUAUACGGACCAAGAUAUACAGUUUACACAUUUGCUACCAUAUGCUGGAACAUAGUGGCAGCUCUCUUCAUUCUUAUCGGGAUUCUUUUGAUAGUUAGCAGUGCUUCAAAGGAUACAUGCCAGGCAAUGGACGAAUGGGCAGACCAUCCUCGAGCAGAAACUGCUCUCAGCAACAUCCUUCCAUGUGUGGACGCGAGUACAACCAACCGAACCUUGUACCAGAGUAAACAAGUCGUGGUGCAGCUCGUGAAGUUGGUCAACAGGGCUAUAUCCGCUCUUUCGAACCGAAAAGAGCGCCAUCUGCAUCCUGGGCAGCUCAUGCCUUACCUGUGUUCUCCCUACGAUGAAAACCUGAAUGAUCGGCAGUGCUUGUCUAAGGAGGUGACAUUUGACAAUGCAACGACAGCAUGGCAGGACUACACGUGCAACGCUCCCGACGCGGACGCGUGCUCCGGCCCAAGCACCGUGACACCGGAGAUCUACAGCCAGCUUGUCACAGCGGCGAACGUGAGCUACGCGCUGCACCACUACGCGCCGCCCAUGCUCAACUUCCAGGACUGCAAGUUUGUGCGCGACACAUUCAGCUCCAUCGCCUCGCAGUACUGCCCGCCCCUGGAGCACGACCUCAGCCUCGUCUCCGCGGGGCUGGCGCUCCUCGCCUCGGGCCUCGUCCUCGGCCUUCUCCUGAUGCUCUUUGCGGACCGCCCCCGAAAAAGGGAGGAGGUGUCCGAGCAGACGUCGGGGUUCAGAGUCGCACCCGUAGACUGCUCCCCGUGACAGACAGACAGGGGAUGCAUGAGUACAUUUUUUUUACUUCUGUUGUCAUCGUAAAAUUAGUAAAGCUUCGUGGUUACUGAAACCAGUAUAGUAUAAGUUUGAGGACUAGUUAGGGGAGGGAAGAAGGCCUGAGCACUACCGGGGUGACAAAGGGGGAAGAAACCCCAUUUUGCAGCGAAGAGUUUGGUGCAUUGUGUGCUUCCUUCCAUGGGUAUGAUGUUGUAGUAUAUGAUAUGCUUCAGGAAUUAUAGUUGGCAAAAUUGAUGGUCAGAUCAGCUGGGGGUCAAAGCCCCAUUUAUGCCAUGAAAAUUUACCUUGUGUCGA